AUUGCCCCCCUUGGGGCUGGAGGUGACCAGUGCCCUGGGGCAGGGCGCACUGCAGGAACUCCCAGCCCCUUUAAAUGUUGGCAGCAAACUUCCUCCACAUUGUCCGCAGCUGCUUGGUCUCCAGCCAGUCAUGUCAGCCCCUCCCUCUCGUCCUGGGGCUGGGCCCAGGCUGCUCAGUGCUGGAGCAGUGCUGCCGGGCUCCACAUGCCCCUGGCCCGCUGCAUGCCGGCUCCCCCAGCAGGAGGGGACAGGAAGGAAGAGGGCAGCAGCCCCUGGGAGGACAGACCUUUCCAGCACCUGGGUGAGACCCCCACUGGCUCUGCUGCAUGCUGGGACCAUCCCCUCCCCCUGGGGCACUGGAGACAUCUGACCACGGCACCGUGCCAUCUGGGCACCCAGGCCAGGCAAGGCAGCGCUGGGCUGGCCCCGCUCCUCUGGCAUACACGGGGCUGUCGGCAGGUGAGGACACUGGGUCCUGCCAGGUGGGCAUGGGCUGUGCUGCCCCCUCCCACGGGCAGCUCCCUGCAUGGAGGGUCUGGCCUGGCCUGGGAAUGUAGCUGGGAUGGAGAAGGCCAGCACCCCCCCUGCUCCCCUUAACGCAUCUGGAAACAGCAGCAGAGGGCAGCUGGGGGUGGCACCACACUCCCCCCUGGCCUCGGCGCUCAUCCUGCUGGCUGUGCUCUCUGUCAUCCUGGCCACGCUUCUGGGCAACGCGCUGGUGGUGGUGGCCGUCUGCACCAAUCGGGCCCUCAAGGCCCCGCAGAACCUCUUCCUGGUGUCCCUGGCUUCGGCUGACAUCUUCGUGGCCACCCUCAUCAUCCCCUUCUCCUUGGCCAACGAGCUGCUGGGCUCCUGGGGCUUCGGCAGCCUCUGGUGCAGCCUCUACCUGGCCCUGGACGUGCUCUUCUGCACCUCCUCCAUCCUGCACCUGUGUGCCAUCAGCCUGGAUCGCUACUGGGCUGUCACCAGGGCUGCCAGGUUCAACCUCCAGAGGAGCCGCAGCAGAGUCAAGGGCACGAUUGGUGCCGUGUGGGCCAUCGCUGGCCUGGUCUCCCUGCCAGCCCUGUUCACGGCCCAGCCACAGGCCAAGGAGUGCCUGCUGAACGAUGACACCUGGUACGUGCUGGCCUCCUGCACCGCCUCCUUCUUUGCCCCCUGCCUCAUCAUGCUCGCUGUGUACUGCAGGAUUUACUACAUCACCAAGCACAGGUGCUCCGGCAUCAUCUCCACCAGGCCUGGCAUGGCCCAGCGCCCCUCCUUGCCCACUGCCACCCGGAGCCCUGCAGAGCAGGACGCAAGCACAGAGCAGGGCAGCCAGCGUGCCCACAAGCUGGGGCCAGCUCGUCUCUCCAGGCAGUGGGUGGAGGAGGAGGCCAACAGCACCAGUACCAGCCCACGAGGGCCCAGGAGGCCUUCCUGGGCACUGGCUCGAGGCCCCCGGCGGUGGAGUGAGCAGCAGAGCAUGUCCCUCUCCAGGAGCCGGCUGGUGCAGGCGCAGGAGCGCAGGUUCACCAUUGUCCUGGCCCUGGUGAUCGGUGCCUUUGUCCUGUGCUGGUUCCCCUUCUUCUUCACCUACAGCCUGGGGUCACUGUGCGGGGACGGCUGCCGCAUCUCCAAGCCCCUCUUCAGCUUCUUCUUCUGGAUUGGCUACUGCAACAGCUGCCUCAACCCCGUCAUCUACACAGUCUUCAACAGGGACUUCCGCAGAGCCUUCCACAGAGCCUUCCGCAGGCUCCUCUCCAAGGCCCCGCACUGCCACCGCCCUGGGCUGGACCCUGGCACCACUCCCCCGCCGGGCCAGACCCCAGCAAGGCCCCUGCACCACUGCCCCGUGCUGGUCUGAGAUCAUUUCCAGCUGGGUACCAAACUGCUCUUGGCCUCCAGCCUCUGUGCUGGGGUUCCCCGUCCUGGGCUAUAUGACACAGGAGACAAGCCUGGGUCUGGGGUCCUGGCCUGGGGUUUAAGAGUUCUGGGAUUAUGGGUUGGGUGGCCCAGGCUGUGAGCAGAGGGGGGCUGGAAACUCUAGCUGCCAAUUUUAGUUUUCAGGUCUUUUCAAAAAUGCAGAUUUUGGGUAUUUUAAUAAAAGAGACUGAAUCACAGGCCAGGCCCCAGUGUCUGGCUCUUGGGCAGGGCUAGGGCCCAGCAUCCGGCUCCUGGGCCGGGCCAGGACUUCACCGGCUGGCUCUUGGGCUGGGCUGGAGCUCUGUUUCUGGUUCCUGGUCCAGGCUGGGCCCAUGGGGUCCCAGGCAGCAGCUGAGCAUUGGCAUGAGCACCCUGGGGGAAUGGUGUCCCUGCCCAGCCAGCAGAGGCAGCACUGGGAGCAGGAGCUCUCUCUACCCUGGCAUCCAGGGACAUACAGGUAAAAGCCUGAAUCUGAGCCCUGGCGGGGAAGGUGUGGGGGUCUCACAGUCCCAGAGUGGAGGUGUUUGGGCCCAGCCUGGCCCUGGAGAUCAGCCAGCAGACUGGUCCUGUGCUUGGCCUAGGGGACCAAUGGCCCCCACAGGUGUCCCCUCCAUCUGCCCCGAAGGCCCUGUUCUCUCUGCAGCAGGCUCUGCUCUGCAGAGAAUGGCUGUCCGCUUGGACUCGGCCCGAGUGCCCUGCAGUGUGGGGCGGGCUUGGCGUAGGGAGGGACACGUCCAGCAGCUUGGGGAGCUCUGGCGUGUCCAGCCCCUCCGGUCUGGGUCAAUUAUCUCGGCAGGUUGGAGCCAGGCCUGAGCCUGCCCUGGCCAGCCCCUCCUACAGGAGGGGGAGGGGGUCCUAAGGCCUAGGGAUUCCUGCGGGCUGUUCCAGAGGGACACAGGAAUGCCAAGUCCUGGGUCCUGUCAUUGACAGAGACCAGCACCAGCUGCUGCAGAGGAAGGUGCCAGACCCCUGCAGCUGACAGUGAGGGGGAACCUGCCCACAGAGUCAGCAGCUGGCUUGUGCCCUGGAGCUGGUCAUUAGAGAGUAAAAACAUGGCCCUUCUGUUUUUACUCUCUAAUGUCCAUGGCUGUUCUCAUUGGCCAGGGCAACAGCUGAGUCUGCCCUAAAGCCUAGUUUUCUCUUGCCCCCAAUGCUCUCUUGUGGCAGGGAGUUCCACAGGCUAACGGUGUGUGGUAAAAACUGUGCUGCCCCCCAGGUGGGAAAAGGCCCCAAGAGCUGUUCCCUGCCCACCUCAUGGGCUUGGGCAGAGCUUAGCCCAAAUAAUCCAACUGCCCAGAGGCAGGGUUACCCCACGUCCGGGCUUCCAGACACAGCCCCUUUUCUGAGCCUCUCUUCUCUGGCUGGUAGGUUUGUCAAAUAACAGGCAAUGUCCAGGCUUUCUGCAGAGCAGAGUGACGAUUGGUCCAUUCCCCUGCCGCCACAGCUGCCAGCUCCUGCCCACCCAGGGCCUGGCUCCCAGCCCUGGGGAGGGAGGUCCCGGCAAGGAGGCACUGACUGACAGCUGGUGCUGCACCCUGGGCUUGCACCAGCCGCCCUGCCACCAUGACAGGGAGUGACACUGGCCUCCGCCUCCAGCGAGUCACCCCACCAGAGAUACCCCCCAGCUAUACCCCCAGCUCUCCCUCUCCUCAAGGCAGUGUCCUCUCUAUGGGAAUCCGAAAUACGGGAACCCCAGGGCCCAGCUCGCUGUGCCGCAGCCUCUCUGCAGGAGUUCAGAGCUGCCUGGAGCGUCUGAGAGUGGGGGGCUGGGCAGGGGGCACAGGAGCAGCUG